UGCAAGCUACCUGAAUCUGCGUGAGUGCAGAGGGGCAGUGAGAUUGCAAGGCUUGGCUCUUGGAAGGAGGUGUAAACAGACCGCGGGGCUACUGUGUAGUGGAAAUCCCAGAGAAUGGAGUACACACAAGGAUAUACAAUAGAAGAAGGAAUACAAUUGCCAGAAGGAUUUCUAUUUUAAUUCUGAGUAAACAGGAGUCUGGGUCAUUGCACAAAACACUGGGAAUAUUUGAAGGGAUGUCAGAAAAAUGUUUGCUAAGAAGGCUGCAGGAUAGAAAAACCAUUUCAAACAUUCAUAUGACAGACUUGAUUGGAGGAGGAGUAGGAGGAAGAAUUGAAGAUGGCGGCCGGGGAGAGACAAGCCGAAGCGUCCGACGGCAUUGCCAGUGGUAGUUUGGGGGCACGUGAAGCAAGCAAGCACUUGAAUGGAGAGGCAUCGCUGCAGCAGCAACAAGGUGGCCAGGAGACCAUGCAGCUGAAGAAGGAGAUCUCUCUCCUGAAUGGGGUCAGUCUCAUCGUGGGCAACAUGAUUGGCUCUGGGAUCUUUGUGUCUCCGAAGGGGGUUCUGAUCUACAGCGGCUCCUAUGGGCUGUCCCUGGUGAUCUGGGUGAUCGGGGGCAUGUUCUCUGUGGUGGGGGCGCUGUGCUACGCUGAGCUGGGCACCACCAUCACCAAGUCCGGGGCCAGCUACGCUUACAUCCUGGAGUCCUUCGGGGGCUUUAUCGCCUUCAUCAGGCUGUGGACCUCGCUGCUCAUCAUCGAGCCCACCAGCCAGGCUGUCAUUGCCAUCACCUUCGCCAACUACCUGGUGCAGCCUCUCUUCCCCACCUGCGAGCCACCCUACUUGGCAUCCAGACUCAUCGCAUCCGCCUGCAUCUGUCUGUUAACCUUCAUCAACUCUGCCUACGUGAAAUGGGGCACGAGAGUUCAGGACGUGUUCACCUACGCCAAGGUGAUCGCGCUGAUUGUCAUCAUUGUCACAGGCCUCGUCAAGCUGUGCCAGGGGAACACACAGCACUUCGAGUCCUCCUUCGAAGGCUCGUCCUGGAACCCCGGGGACAUCGCCCUGGCCCUCUACUCUGCUCUCUUCUCUUACUCCGGCUGGGACACUCUCAACUUUGUCACAGAGGAGAUCAAGAACCCUGAGAGGAACCUGCCCCUGUCCAUCGCGAUCUCCAUGCCGGUGGUGACUGUCAUUUACAUCCUGACGAACGUGGCCUACUACGCAGUGCUGGACAUAAACGCCGUCCUCGCAAGUGAUGCGGUCGCCGUGACCUUUGCUGACCAGACCCUGGGUGUGAUGAGGUGGUCCAUCCCCAUCGCUGUGGCCCUCUCCUGCUAUGGGGGGUUGAACGCAUCCAUCAUCGCUGCCUCCAGGCUGUUUUUCGUGGGGUCACGUGAAGGCCAUCUCCCAGACGCCCUGUCCAUGAUCCACGUGGAGCGCUUCACUCCCAUCCCCGCGCUGCUUUUCAAUUGUGCCAUGGCCCUGAUAUACCUGGCUGUGGAGGAUGUCUUCCAGCUCAUUAACUACUACAGCUUCAGUUACUGGUUCUUCGUGGGGCUGUCGAUAGCCGGACAGAUCUACCUGCGCUGGAAGGAGCCUGACAGAUACAGACCACUCAAGCUGAGCCUGUUCUUCCCCAUUGUGUUCUGCCUGUGCUCUGUCUUCCUGGUGGCGGUGCCACUCUACAGCGACACCCUCAGCUCCUUCAUCGGGAUCGCCAUCGCCCUCUCGGGGGUGCCCGUCUACCUGCUGGGAAUCCACCUGCCCGAGUCCAAGCGCCCGCCCUGCAUCAGAAAGCUGCUGGCGGCCCUGACCCGAGUCACUCAGCUCAUCUGUUUCUGUGUGCUCACAGAGAUGGACAUCAGUGAACAGGACAAGAGACCCCACCCCCAUCCCAGUGCCUCUCAAUCUGGGGGGCUGAGCGAAGGAUUGAUGACUCCGGCACAUUCCGCAGACACUAAACGCUAACCUGAAGAAACACACAAGGACAGAUAGAAUCCAUCUAUGUUUAAUGUAGACUCUUGAACCACUGGCAGGAGUCGCACUACUUGAGGUUAUUAACUUCCUACCUGCAGACAGGUGUUUUAAACACCUCUGCUCAGUGUCUUCCAAUCCACAACUCGGCACUCCAGCCACUGAGCUGCAGCUUUGUCAUGCUCCUUACAAACGGGAGUGCUCCGAACUUCUACAUUUCCACAUUGUGCUCCCGCUGUCACUCGCACACACCUACUUCGUCUACUGGUGAUGUUGUCGGUGGGGUCAAUGAGCCACUUCUUAAUCCCACCACUUUGAAUACUUGAUUUGUAGAAACUGUUUUGGGAUUUCAAGAAAUAAAUCCUCGGUGCAUGAAGCCUCUCCAAGAGAUUAAUAUAAUAUAUAUAUAUAUA